AUGGCCAGAAAUUUGAAUUUACGCUCUAUUCUGGAUACUAACAAGUUAACUAGACUAAACUUCACGGAUUGGUAUAGGAAUGUAAAAAUAGUUUUACGUUCUGAAAAGAUAGCAUAUGUUCUGGAUUCUCCUGUUCCUGUUGCCCCUGCUGAAGGGAAAAAUGGGUAUGACCAGUAUGACUGGGAAGCUCAUAGACAACAUUUGGCAGACAAUGAGCAGGAAAUAUGUAUAUUGCUUGCGUCUAUGUCUGCGGAACUUCAGCGUCAGCAUGAGCAUAUGGAUGCUCCCUCCAUAAUCUUGCAUCUGCAAGAGCUUUAUGAUAAGCAAGGGAGGGCUGAGCGUUUUGAAACCUCCAAGGAGCUGUUUGUCUGUAAGCUAGCUGAGGGUAUGGCGGUUGGACCGCACAUCCUCAAGAUGAUUGGGCUGAUAGAGAAGCUUGCUUCUCUGGGUUUUAUCAUGGACCAAGAGUUAAGUGUUGACUUAGUCUUGCAGUCCUUGCCACCAUCAUUUAAUGGCUUUGUGGUCAACUAUCAUAUGAACAAGGUGGAGACAACACUCCCAGAGUUGUUGAAUCUCUUGACCACUGUUGAGGGUGCUGUUAAAAGGAACAUGACCCAAGCUCUUCUGAUUGGCGGGCCUAAAAAGACCAAGGGUAAGGGCAAGUCUGUAGAAUCAAACAAGCUCAAGCCCAGAGGUCAGCCCAAGAAGAAGAAGGGAAAGGAAAGGAGAAAUCCAAGGACAAUGCUAAAACUGUAUGCUUCCAUUGUCAGAAGGAAGGACAUUGGAAGAGGAACUGCCCAUCAUUCCUUGUGA